UGACGGUAAAUAAAUAAUAAUGUAAUCUUUUUUCUAGUCGGUGAUUGUAAUAGUGUGCGUGGCAGAAAGUCAACUUUUUACUGUUUAACAACUGUGUUUAAUUGUUACAAAUUACAAGGUCACAAGGUUUUAAUAUGGAAAUAGAAGAAAGUUUAAGAUAUAAGUUAGUUGAUUGUUUCACACAGCAAUUGAGUGAAAUAGAAUUAAUAACGUCUAUGUAUCCUAAUAAACAAGAUUUAUUUUUUACUGAUAAUGUUCUUAGGGAUAUGAAACACUUUGUAGAUAAUGAGACACUGUUUAAGCCCAAUAAUUUAGAUUUUACUUUAAAUCUAUUUAAAGAUGAUUUAAAAUUGGAAGUAUCAAUAAACUUACCUAGUUUUUACCCAGAAGAGAAACCUGAUAUUUAUGUAAGGUGUAAUCAAUUGAACAGACAGCAGGAAACAGCUUUGAACACAGAUCUGUCUAUUUACUUAAAGGAUAAUCACCUUGGAGAACCCUGUCUUUACACUGCUAUCUCAUGGAUUCAAGAAAACCUUGAAAAAUAUAAUACAAAAAUAAUACAACCAAGUUCAAGCACAGUUUCUUCUACUACUACUAAAGACAAGAUGUGCAAAGAUAAGUUUGCAAGAUUGUGGAUUUUUUCUCAUCAUAUUUAUAGCAAAAGGAAGAGGGAAGAAAUUACUAAAAUGGCCAGAGAGUAUAAUUUGACAGGAUUCUGUUUGCCUGGAAAACCAGGAAUAAUCUGUGUAGAGGGUACUGAGGAUGAUUGCAAUGAAUGGUGGAAAAUUAUUAAAUCUAUGAGUUGGAAGAAAAUUACAUUAAGGAAAACAGAAAUAUUUGACUUAUCAAAUAAAAUAAAAGAGCAAAGAUUUAAGAAUUUUGAAGAAAUACAUUUUCAAAAUCCCUCAUCAAAACGCAGUAACCAUGCUGAUAUGAGUGAAUUUUCAAAAUAUAUGGAACAGUUUGGUCUAAUUCAAGCAUUUAACGAUUUUUUUGGGCUAUGCAAUAAUAGCACCUGACUACUACCUAUCAGAUAAUUUUAAUGAAUUGUUUAU